CAUCGGGCUUGGAGGUUGCCUAGAAGUGCGUUUCAACAGUCCAAGACGACAACGGUACCGGACUCUAUAUUUCUCUUCCUUACACAGCUACCUCCUUCUUCUUCGCAGUGCAACGUAUCCCCAAGAUGGCGGAUGAUAUUCCCGCAGCCCUGAGGCAGGCAGAUGUGACCAUCUUCAAGUGCGCAGCCAAGGCUGCGCAACUCCAAACGGUCAAGCCCAUCGUUGCUUAUUGGUGCGAAUACUGGGUUGUCAACCAAGUCCUUGCCAAACAGCUACACUCCACCAGCGAGGAAGUGCUGACAUACACGAUGAAUUUGAUGGACAAACUAGAACAGACCAAAUCCGAAUAUGCGAACGAGGAUGCGAUCGUCGAUGAUGUAGCCGGUCAGGCAUACAUUGAGCAGUUUGCGCAGGAGACUCUUGACCGAGCAGAGCGAGUAGUAAAGGCAAAUAGGGUCACCCAGCAAACAGCAACCACGUUCGAUGCUGCGGCGACAUUCUUCCAUCUCGUCAAUAUCUGGGGUGCUCCCGACGAGGAGACACAGCAAAAGAUCAAGUACGCAAAGUGGAAUGCAGCACGGAUAGCCAAGGCAAUCAAGGAAGGAAGGGACCCGAACGAAUCGAACCCAAAGCAAGAGGAGCCAUCACACCCCGAACUGGACCCAAACGACCCAGAGGCAAGGUUGUUUAACAGUCCUCCGCCAGGGAUAUCGCCUCAGCCGGUCACAGUGGAGGAUGCACCCGAUGCCGACUUGGUGAGGGACGCGGCUGGCGUCUCACUGCCACAUACUCCGGUAUCAGCUAGUCGCCCGGGCUCCUCCGGGGAGCUGACCUUACCAGGGGUACCGACGGAGAUUGGGCAGAGGCCUCCAGCGCAGCCUGGAUAUUUUGACUCGCAAUCCAUACCGCCAUCGCCUAUAUCCCCUCCCGCACACGACCCCGACACCUACCCACCACCCACAAGCGCAGGCACCAGAACACCACCACAAACCUGGACACAGAACCCUCCACGCUCGCACUCACCUCCGCCUCCGCCACAGGACCAACACACGCUCGCCCCGCCCCAAUCGACCGCCCCGCCCACCUUUGCGACCAACACCUCCCCAGCACCCGCCGUCGCCCCGGCCCCGUUCAACCAGCCCGUCAACCCGAGUUACAUGGCCAUGGCGCCCACCGCCCACAGCGCGGCGGCACCGGCGCCCCGUGCAGCUCAGGCUGGUGGAAAUCUCGUCGCCGACGAGGCGGCCAUGGUCCUGGCGCAGAAACACGCCAAGUGGGCCAUCUCGGCGCUGAACUUUGAGGACGUCGGCACGGCUGUGGGGGAGUUGCGGAGGGCGUUGCAGGCUCUGGGGGCGACGUAGAUGUAUCUAAUCCAGGUAGUUUGCGAUGCCCAACUUUGGGGUGUCUUGAGUUUAUGUAGAAACUUGUACAGCGAUGUAUUUCGAGCCUUUUGGGGCAGCCAUUGCUUUUUCUUGCUAAUUGCGCGAGCCUUGUCCAUUGCUCUCGUCUUGGGGACGCCUUAGGUAGGUAGACUGGGCGGUUCAAUCUCUCGGUGGUCAGUGAUUGUCACCGAAACACCUUCCUCGCUGAAUAGGGGUUUAGCAUAUCCACCGGGAUCUAGCAUUUCCUCCUUUGCGAAGUAUUCUCGUCUUGAUCUUGUAUCUUCAAGUAGCUACAUGUCACAAUCUCAGAGUGACUUCUCGGUGAUCACCCAUUCAAUGUUGCAGCUCCCCGCGUAUGUGGAUGCAGAUGCUGUUAAGCUAUGCGCGGGGGACGUGGCAGUCCCCCGGGGUGCCAGGUAAAUAUAGAUUACGUAUGGG